AUAAAAUAAAAUAAUUACGCAACAUAUUCUCCUCUCGAAUUAAAAUGAAAUAAAAACCCUAAUCACUCACCGUGUUCGAGAAUGACAAUCACACAGAGUUUGAACUGCAACUGGUGUUUCCUUCUGCUAUUGCGCCCCCUCACUUGGAUCGCAUUUUGAAAUUUAUCGUAACAUUCAUUUUGAGUGGUUAGAAUCUAGCCUAUUGAUCGAUCGAUGGCGGAGGAGGCGGCGGCGGUGGAGAGGAACGGCGACGAUCAGAGUGAGACUAGCGAUUACACGUCGGAAGACGAGGGGACGGAGGACUACAGGCGCGGGGGGUACCACGCUGUGCGAAUCGGUGACACAUUCAGGCCGGUCGAUAUGUAGUUCAAAGCUCGGCUAGGGUCCUUUCUCCAUCGUCUGGCUCGCUUGGGCCUUUUGAUAAGAAGUUAUUGGUUUAAAGCGAGUGAAAAGGUGAUAUCGACGCCAAUGCGUGUGGGAAAAAACGAAUGGAGCAAAUGCACAAGUCUUCAACCCCAACUUCUCUCUCUCUCUCUUGCUUUGAACUAACACACACGUACGAAGAGUGAGAGUGAAAUGCACAUUAUUAAUUGUGUUUAGCUUUACAACCUGCUUACUGUCAAUUAGCCGUGAAUAUAUUAUUGUUUCCUUAUUUGGUUACAUGUUUGAUAAUAGCAGUACGUAGCUCUUAAAGUUCAAAAGAGUGCGCAGCACUACACUGAAGCAGCAAUGGACGAGAUCACUAUAUUAAAACAGAUUGCCGAGGGAGACCCUGAAGAUAAGAAAUGUGUUGUAAAGCUUUUGGACCACUUUAAGCAUUCAGGGUCAAAUGGGCAGCAUGUUUGUAUGGUUUUUGAAUACUUGGGUGACAAUCUUUUGACCCUAAUUAAAUAUUCAGACUACAGAGGAAUUCCUCUUCAUAUGGUUAAAGAAAUUUGCUUCCAUAUUUUAGUCGGAUUGGAUUAUUUGCACUGGCAUCUGUCAAUCACACACAGACUUGAAACCAGAGAACAUAUUACUUCUUUCAAUGAUCGAUCCAGCUCUUUAUCCGACAAAGUCAGAUGCGCCUCGUCUUGCCAUUCAGUAAAAGCAAGAUCCUGUCUGAGUCUGGGACUUCUAAAGAUGCAAAGAGCUCAAAUGGAGACCUGACCAAGAACCAGAAAAAGAAAAUCCGAAAAAAGGCUAAGCGAGCAGCUCAAAAGUGUGGGGGGAAGGAAGCUUCUGACAAUGAUGAGCCAGAUAAUGAGGCUAGUAGUCCUGUUGAUUGUCAUAAUGUUGAAAAAAAAGGAUCAUUUGGCCUUGACGAUGGAGCUUCUUGGUAUGAUGCCACGGAAGGUUGCCUUAGGUGGGCACUAUUCCCGAGAAUUAUUUAAUAGAUAUGGAGAUUUGAGACGUAUACGACGAUUAAAAUUUUGGCGUCUUAAUAAGGUGAUUAGGGAGAAAUAUGAGUUUAGUGAGCAGGAUGCAAAUGACCAGGCAGAUUUCCUGGUCCAGAUACUCAAUUUUGUGCCAGAGAAAAGGCCAACAGCAGCACAAUUUCUUAAUCAUCCAUGGAUCAGUGCAGGCACUAAGAGACUCACCCCUUCUCUGUCUCAACUCCAUUCAAUGGGAAACAAUUGUGCAGAAAAGAAGAGGGAAAAGGAUGAGAGGGAGGCGAUGGAGGAUGGAGUGGGAAACAUGGCUAUUGAUGGAGCACCAAAACCAGUUAAAUAUUCUCAACCUACGGUGAACCCUCCAAAACAGCCCUAGUCAAUGGACUGCUUCUUUCCAAUUCUUUAUUCAAGUGCUUAGGAGAAUGAGAACUGGAAGAAUGUAACUUCUUGAAGCAAUGGUACAUGUACGGGGAAAAUUUACUGGGAGUUUUACAGAAUGUCACAUGGCAAUAUUUCAUUGAGUAAUGCUAUUUGUCCCCAGUGGGGAUUCAACCCCAGUCUACGUGGCGCUAUUAUGACAUUCAAUGAUAGGUGAAAUUAGAUGACUUAUUUAAUUUCACCUUUCAUUCAACCUAUCAUACAACGCCACGUAGACUGGGGGAUAAAUCCCCACUGGGGCUACAUAACAUUAUUCUAUUUCAUUGGGUUUUGAGCAAAAAACAUAGUUAAAAUAGCCUAUUAGAUGCUGCCAAACAGGUGCUGACAAUUCGGCACCUGUAAAACUUCCACUAAAUUUCAACUGUAUAAGUAUCAUUUCUGAACUUCUUGUUCUCAAUGCAUAUUUCUCUGUAAAAUGUUUAUUUUCUAUACUGGGGCAUAUGUUUCAGAAUUGCCUCAGAUUAUGAUUGGUUAGACCA